AUGAGAAAUCCGAAUAACCCUGUUGUAUUCUUUGAUGUUAGCAUUGGUGGUCAUGCAGUUGGUAGAAUUAAAAUUGAAUUAUUUGCUGAUGUUACACCAAAGACUGCUGAAAACUUCCGACAAUUCUGCACAGGGGAACAUUUAAAGAAUGGAGUGCCUGUUGGAUACAAGGGUUGUGCUUUUCAUAGAGUUAUUAAAGAUUUUAUGAUUCAGGGAGGUGAUUUUGUUUCUGGAGAUGGAACUGGAUCUUACUCAACAUUUGGAACUGAUCAAUUCAAUGAUGAGAAUUUUACUUUAAAACAUGAUAGACCUGGAAUUCUUUCAAUGGCCAACAGUGGUCCAAAUUCAAAUGGUUGUCAAUUCUUUUUAACAACAACUAAAACACCAUGGUUGGAUGGAAAACACGUUGUUUUUGGAGCUGUAUUGAAAGGAUUUGAAGUUGUGAAAAAAGUUGAAGCUGUAGCAGUUUUUGGUUCAUCAAACAAACCAAAAAUGUCAUGUCUCAUUACUGAAUGUGGAGAGUUGUAA